AUGGCGUUGCACGAUGCCAUCCCGCAUACCGACUCCAGCUGGUUUCUAGGCACCGAACUGGACGUAGAUGCAUUGGACUUUUCACUGUCCUCCGCUAUCUUCGAAUGGGCCCAGCCAACUCCCACCGUCCCUUAUCCUGGUCAAAGUGGAGGUGAUUAUGACUUCUCUGGAUCAAUUCCAGCACCAGCUGGUGACAUGGAAUCAAUACCGUCUCGACCGCAAAAUGCUGUGCAGAAGAAAUGGUUCGCCUUCCAAACGCCAUACGAUGACCCCAAGCAUACCUACACUACAGAGCCAGUUCAGGGCACGUUAGCAUCCGGAAAUGUAGGCGCGGACGAGAGCUAUCGAGCCGGUCUUUCACGUCAACUCCAGCCUCGUACGCAUGACGAGGCCUUGCCGUCAGCAGAGCAAUUAAAUUUAUUUGCCAAGCUAUUCUUCAGCCGCUUCCACUCAUUAUUACCUGUUAUCCACGCUCCAACAUUCCGACCUACCGCGGAGAAUUCACUGUUGUUUUUAUCAAUAUGCUCCGUCGGGAGCCUCUUCGUUGGUUCCUCUCACGCGGUAGCACAGGGGACGCGGAUUUUUGAGAGACUGAAUAAAGCAAUCCUCGCAUCCUGGGAGACCAUUCUUUCCAGAAGUCGUCCAGACGCGCUCUCCAUGGUCCAAGCCGCCAUUCUGGGGCAAACAUUUGCCAUUCUUUCGGGAAGGCCGAGAUAUCUGGUCCUGGCGGAUGUCCUACACGGGACCGUGAUGUCGUGGGCCCGAGAAUCGAACAAACACAGCCAUGUGGAUCUGAAUAGCACGCAAAAACCGAACUUCGAUACCGAUCUACGCGGGUUAGAGGAACAAUGGCAAUUAUGGAUUGAAGUGGAGCAGAGAGGACGGGUCGAAAUUGCUCUCAAUAUUCAUGAUGCCGAGCUUGCGGGUCUGCUCCAUCAUGACCCCAUUCGCAAGCAUCGAUUUGCUCAGUAUCCACGUUUACAGUCGGAUGCACUGUUUAUGGCGCCGACGGCGACCAAAUGGGCCGCCAUCUACAAGCAAUUAUUAUUGGACACGACUCCUGCAGUGAGCUUGGAUGAUCCUUUCUGCAAUGCGGGAGUGAGAUCGAGGUUUGCAGCAUACAGUGUCCUGGAAAGCAUAUACGCGGACCUCAUUGAGUCGCGGCACUCGAAUACGCAUCGUGCGGACGACUCGAGAAGAAUCUCGAAAUUAUUGAUUCAAUGGUGGCAGACUCACAGUGUGCACCUUCGAGAUGAUGAAGACCCAUUCGGUCUUCCGGUGCUGUGGCAUUCUAUUUACAUGUCUCUCUACGUUGAUAUUGAUCUCCUGGAACAAGCCAUCGGUCGGUGCGGAGACUCACGCAAAGUGACAGCUUCCGAAGAGGUACGAAAGUGGGCAGCUUCGCUAGAUGCAAGCAAGUGUCUGGUCCAUGCCCUAUUGACCCAGCGUUACUUGGAGCGGAUGCGGGUGUCGGCCGAGCCUGCGAUUCACAUUCCGCGCGCCCUUUUCUCCGCUGCGUUGGCGUGGGUUUGCUUCAAUCGAAUUGGGCACCAGAAAGAAAUACACCUGGGGGCGUUCGAAGCACCCGAGAUCCAACUAAUUGGAAGCAAAAAUGCCUUGCAAGAGGUCCAAGGCCAGGCAUUCGGUGAUACAGCGUUUGCUGAUGUGAACCAUCUCCAUCGGCUGGUUGACCUUCUUCAUAGGGUUGGAAGAUGGGCUAUCUCGAAGAAGUUUGCGUCUGUAUUGUGCACCGCCCUGGAAGAAGGAACAUUGUUCCCCGGGCCAUUGCCGUGGAAAGUGGCGAAGGUCCACUAA